GCAACCAACUACUAGUCAAUAACCAGCGUGCGAAGCAGCUGGUCAACAGCUCAACGUUAGUCGGCGUGUUCCAUUUUAGAUAAUGUUUUGAACUUUUAAAAUUUGAAAGAAAAACAAACUUCAUUUUCAUACAUAUAUGAAAUAGUCGGUGAAUUAAAGAAUCUUAUAAAUCUUUCAUCCGAAAAGAGCUACAAAAACUGGUAUUAAGUGUAUUCAGAUCAACCUUUUUAAACUUAAAUUAAAAGUGUAAAUAGAAAAUUAGUGAAGCCAACAUGUGAAAAUGUAAAACACCAGUACGAUUUGAAAACAGUAACUAAGAAAAAAGAAGAAACUAGAUCGUGUGGGAGAAACAGGAUUUCUCCUGGAGCAUUUUAAAUACCAUUAGGAAAUAAGUUAAAGAACUAAACUAAUGGCUUCGAAGUUAUCAAGUGGCCGUCCGAGGCUUAAGAGAUCACCUUCGUCCAUUCUGGGGACACAAUGAUGCCCUCGAGGUCGACACCGAAUUUACAACAAACACCACCACAACCGAUAAGAGAAGGGGUAACAACAUCAACCAACGCUAACGUCGGCAAUCAACAAACGGCGGUCAUCGUUGAACGAAACGAUGAUAGCCCGCCGCCGGCGCCCCCUGUGCGCGAUGCUUCCAGCCUCAAAUCCAUUAAAUAUGGACCGGGACACGAAAAAUUUCCUUCGUGGCCAGUACCAGCUGCCGCUGACGCCCCCCAGGCAACCAAAGCUCCACCUGGCGGCGGUUCGCAUCGUUCCAAGUCAUGGACCGAUCAUACCAACUACCCCAAGGAAAAGGUCGUGACCUAUACGAGACCAUAUAUGAAAAGACAACAUUCGUCACAUAUACAACAGAAGUUGAAGACUGUACUUGAAAGAUGUGAGAAAAUCCCGCCGGAGACGUUCGAGUCGCGUUGUUUCGACAAGCUCAACGACUGUAUGUACUUACCCCACGUGGAUCGUGACGGGAAGUCACUGGGAGAUAUGGAAUAUACGGUGCCAUCACCACCCGAAAGGGAUGUCAGUAAACCACAACUAACCCAAGAAGAACUCGAAGAGUACGCGCGAUCCUACCAAGAGACGUCCAUCGAAAAAUUAGAAAUGAAAGGUUUGGAGAAUUUUAUCGAAUAUGCCAGGAGCUACGAAGAGUUCCACAUCAAACAACACGACGAUACCGUACUCGCUCACCUCCACCAGAAACAGCUCUCCUACGCCCAAUCCGAAGGCUACCACAGUUACGUAUCUUCGACAGACUCGACUUCUACACCGUUCUUAGAUCGUUUAAGGAGAGACAGUGAAGCGGUCGCCACUGCUAGAUGGGAAGAAGACCAAGAAAGUCAUCUUCAACCCUCGCGAAGGGAAGGUAGAGACAGUGUAGUGACCACCAGUUCGGGAAGUGCUUCUUCCAGCGAAACAUUAAAGUGGCACGGAUCUAUGAGUGACGUGUCGGUUGCUAGUUCCUGUACGCAUCUCGUGAACUCCUCCUCCAGUUCCUCGGUGCAAAGACAACACAUAGCGCACAGUGCGAGAGUGCAAACCCCACAAAGACACUAUUCGGAAUCGGUGCUGCAGAAGAACAACGAUAACGAGUCUACAUGGAAGGAUAAAGAAAAGCGAAAUAAUAGUAAUAAUAAACUUAAAUUGUUUGCUGUUAACACGUACACUGUGCAGGGUGAUGAAACUAAAAGGGUCGAAUCUACUGCGAGUUCUACAACAAAUGGUGCAUCAAGUCAACUUCAGAAUAGGUUAUCUCAGCCUCUUCCAUUAUCUGUAGCCGACAGAAUAAACGAACUGGAGAAACAACAAAGAUACUCAUACUUAGAUCCCAAUAAAAAACACAAAGUUCCUGACCCGACGCUGAAGGCCAUACAGAAAAAAGCCCUGUUGUCCUUCUACGAAAGGCAUCAUAAUAACACGCCGUCAAAAACUAGUACUUGGAGAUCAGAACCACAAUUAGCACAAGCUCAACCAGCUUUAACGGUUGCUCCUCAACCACCACCAAGAGUAAAAACGCAUCAAACGCCAUCACGAAGAGCUUCAUGUGCUUCCGAUUACAGCUCAUCGAAAAGAACAAGUUUAGCUUCCAGAGAUUCUAAAGAAAUCUCUUCAGGAAAAAUUACCGCUAGACAUAAACACAGUAAUUCAUGCGGAAGCCUUUCAACCGAUUUGUUGGGACCAGUUAUUGUUGGACCUUCGAUCAGUUUGGAUGAUUGGGUACCUGAAAAACCACCGGAACGACCACCGAAAAAUCCACAUUUAAGGUUAGCGUAUCCUGAUUUGUUUCAAGAUCAACGGGUUCCAAGUCCUGAUUUACCACCACCUUCACCUCCACCUAUCUUGGAAGAUGAAGUUAUUCAAAAUGACGAUCCCUUACCACCGCCUCCACCAGAAAUUGAUUGGAGAAAUAGUGAUAUGGAAAAUUCAACGACCACUAAACAAUUUCCUGCUCCACAAGUACAAUCGUCUAGAAAUAAUAAUAGUAAACUAUUAAACGAUGAUCUCUGCUUGUUGGAACCACCGAAAAAGCCACUUAUAGGACUUCCUGAACGAGGAAACCCAAGAUAUUCUUCGGUUCGGUAUCUUCCAAGCGAACACAGGUUAUCACAAAAUAAUUCCACUAGCGAAACUAGACAUUCCAUUAGCGAUACGCCUUGGUCGUCAGGUUCGAAAAAAUCUAAAGAUCAUUCUCAGCACGUCUUCAGUUUUCCGAAUCACCGUAAUUACGAAAGAUCCAGCACGAGAUAUCCUUCAGUUCAUAAACUUGUAUUAAACGGAAAUGUAGCGGUUAGUCAAAAAAUUUCAAAUGGUAUUAGUGAAUAUAGAGCUGAACCUUUACGGACCAUAACAGUAUCGGAAAAUACUUCCCCAUUAAAAGAAUCGCCACGUCAUGUUGGAAAUAUGGUGAAUCAAAGGGCUUCUAUUGCCGAAGGGCCAUUGAGAGAUGUACCUCCACCUCUUCAACCGAGACAAAUGAGAAUUAACCAGAGUAUGCGAGCAAGAAUUCCGGAAAGUAGAGCAUCGCCGCCCAGGGACCAUACGUUGAGGGAUUCGAGACAACUAAACUACACAAUGAGCCAAUCAAAGGCGUCGUAUAUGGCUUCAAGAAGAGAACGAGAUAAAAUCAUCCCAGAUCCGGAUUCGGGUAGCUACAAACGAACCCUUAGUCCAAACGGACACAUCAUUACCGCUAAUGAUACAACAACAACACAAGAAACAUCGAAAUUAUCAUCACGUGAACCUUGGUCGACGUUAAAGAAUAAAGAACAAUAUACGAACAAUAAUAAUAAUAAUGGAAAUAUUAUGAGAAGACCAUCGAUGUGCGAGCCGGCUGCGAAAAAUGGCGGCGAUAUAAAGGAAGACUUGAAAAAAACUCAGCAACAACCGUUGGUUUUACCUGAUGUACUGCCAAUAAACGCCAAAAUACUUUCUCCCAGAUCUCAACAUCAUCAUCACAUCACUAGAGAGUUUAGACCUUCCAAUUUAAGUCUAUCACCUCUCGAUAAUAAUUAUCAACCAGCGAAGAGUCCUCCGAAAUCACCACCACCUCCAACAAAUUCUCCGCCGAAAAGUCCUUCAAGAAAUUCCCCUUAUGCACCACUAAGAAGUACAAAUCUUUCAAAUUCGCCUUUAAGAACUCCAUCCUUACGAUUAUCAUCUCCACAAGGAAGUUCAUCUCCAAUUUCAUCAACUCCGCAAUACUCGUCACCUUUAAGAGUUUACCCUGGAAAAGAAUCAACAGCAGAAAUAAGAUCAAAUUCUUUAUGUCUCCAAAGAAAUGAAACUAAAACAAUGCAAAGAGCUUCGUUUCAUCAAGAAAUUCGAACUUCCAACGUCCAAAGAAUAUCCCCUUCAACGUCCCCAAAUUCUUCUUUUUCAUCUGUUUCGUCCCAAUCAAUGUCUCUUCCGGGCAGGUUUUCACCAACACCAAAAGUAGUCCCUGAAAUUAAACCAACUUUAUCGCCAAAUUUGUCGAAUAAAAUGAUUCCGAUAAAAAGUUUUUCUCCGUCAAUGGCUUUUAUGGCAAAUACUCCGUUAAAAACUUCGCCGGAAUCAUCACCACCAUCAUCACCAAAAGUGUUAUCUUCUUCCCCGCCACCAUCACCAAAAAAUUUAUCAAUAGCACCAUCAUCACCUGAAACUCCUAAAGAAAUUAUUACAUCAAAGGUGAUCGAAGGUUUGCAAAUGAUACAAAGGACGGAAGUUGUUUUAAGGGUGAACACGACAACGAUCGAUGCUUCAUCACAAACGGAAAAAGAGGAACUACCACCGACGCCGUUGCCGACCAGGAGAAAACUCCAAGAAGAAAUUGAUUGUGAAAAAUUAUCGCAGGAUUUUGUUAAUCAGUUACCAGUUACUGAUAAAUUAAAGGAUUUACUUGUUCCAGCUCCUGAACAUAAAAAAAUUACAGAUUAUGUUACGGGAUUAUUUAGGGUUGAUGUUACCUUAAAACCAAGACCAAUAAAUGCUCCUUUUCGAAGUAGAAAUCACACUCCAAGCAGUACUCCGCCUCCUACAUGUAAUUCUGGUCCAUCAAGUUCAACAUCAAUGACAUCAAGUGAUACAAUUUCAAUAAUCAGCAGUUUAGAACCCACAAGUCCAUUGCCAGCGACCUCACCAUAUUUUACAACUUCAGAACCAAAAGCAAAAUUCCUGACGAGGUAUAGCCAGGAUAUGAAUCAUUAUACGAUCAAAAAUACCAAAGAUCUCAAUAGAAAAAAGGAUGAACUAGUGAACAGAUUGGAUAGAAAAUUAGAAGUACUUCGAGGAGAACAAUUGGUGGUAUCAGAGGAGUGUCGAAUAAACGACGAAUUAGGACAGAACGUUGAAGACCAUAUUGCCAAAGUUGCAAGAACCACUGAAACGGCUAAGUUUCGUUUACACAUUGAGGAAGUUGGAAAAAUCACUAGUCUUCUUCUUGGAUUGUCUGGAAGGUUAGCUCGAGUUGAAAACGCUCUAAUAGGAAUGUGUGAAGAUAACCCUGAAAAGAGGAUAUUAGAAACGAAACGUGAUAAAUUACUGGAUCAGCUAGAAGAAGCAAAAAAAUUAAAAGAGAGUAUCGAUAAAAGAAGUGUGAGCGUAUCAAACAUUCUUUACAAAUAUCUUAAUUCAGAAGAAUAUGCGGAUUACGAUCAUUUCAUUAAUAUGAAAGCAAAAUUAAUAAUGGAUUCGAAAGAUAUUGCGGAUAAAAUUAAAUUGGGGGAAGAACAACUCAUGGCUUUAAAGGAAACUUUAAUAGUAUCUGAUUAAAUCGUUUGCGAAGAUAUGGUAAUUAAAUCGAGCAAGAAACAACAACGUGCCUAGUCCAGUGAAAAAUUCCUUUUAAAUUUUCUCUAAAUCGAAGUUAAGUUAAUUGAUAAAUGAAUACUCGUCACUAUUUUUAUAAGAAAAAGAAAUUUAAUGGAAUUUUUUUGUUUGGUACUUACCGACGCUGAUGAUAUUUGUCGGGACGUUAUAAACGUGUAAAGUGAUAUUCAUUGGGAUUUAUUUACAAAAUAAAAAAAGAAGAUAUAAAGUAUAAAAUUUGUGAUAGUAAAGAUUGUUUUAUUAAGAUGAAUGUUAUCAUUACGUGUAUAGAAUGGUUUAAUUGUAGGUUGCUAAACUGACAUUUCAUGUAAGAAAAUAAUUUCCAUUUUUUAGGUAUUAAUUUGUAUAAAAAUCCCUCUUUAUUUCAUGAUAUACUAAAAUAUAAUCCUUUUCAAAAACUUAUCGUUUAUAAUAUCUCAAAAAUGAAGUCUCAAUCAUCCAAUCAUUAUUGAUAAAUAUUUUUUCAGUACGCCUUAUCAUUUUGGCAACAAUUUAAAUCAGACUAUAAUGAAAGGAGAAAACUUAUUUAUGUUUCAUAAAUUUAUGUAAAUACGUUUACAAUGACAAAUAUUGUCGUGUCGUUUAUUUCGUGUAGGACGAACCUCGCAGUGUAUCUACCUUCUUAAAUUUUGUGUUUAGGGUAGAUCUUGUGGCCGCUUAACUUCAAGUCGAAUCGCCUCUUACCGUUUUCCAAAUAAAAACGGGAAAGAUGUCGUGAACGGCUAGUGAUGCGAUGAUAAUAAUAAUAAUGAUGAUGAUAAUGAAGAUGGGCUGUUAUAAAAAGAAAAAUGUGUAUUCAUUUACGUGCAUUUCUCCCUUACCCUUUUAUAUAAUACAUAAAGAUUAUUAAUUAAUUAUUUAUAUAUAAAUAUAUUAUAUAGUUUUUUUAUUUAUAUUAAGUUCAAAGCAUCUUCCUACCAAGUAUUUAACUGUCGAUUAGUUAUUUUUUGUAUAGAUGAAAUUAUAUUGUAUCGGAUACUUAUAUAUUUUUAAAACUGUAUGCAUAUAGAUAUGUGUAGAGAGAAUAAAAAUAGAGAGAGAGAGAGAGACGUCAGCUGAUCAAAAAGAAAAAGCAGGAAAUUACAAAUUUUACAUUAGGAUGCAAAAGUGAGUUCCCAAACUAAGACUUUUUGUAAUUGUUAUUUUCAAGUUUUUCAUAAUAUUUGUUCUUAAAAAAUAUAAUCACACUUUUUCCAAUUGUUUAAUUAUACCCUAAAAAAUGGUCAUUAAAUCUAAAGUUUAAAAUUAAUGUAUUCUCUUCUUAAUUUAUAAAAGAAAAUAUACUCUUUUCUUUGUUUGUUUUUUGUCAUUUCAAUAAUAAAUACCUUGAAUGACCAUUGUUUGAGAAGGUAUAUUCUUUAUUUUGGAUUUUAAAUUAGUUUGUUUACAUAGUUAGUUUGGAAACUUAUAUUUGGAUCACCUGUUAAUAACGAGCGACAUAAUUUGUACAUAUCGGAUUAAAUCCUGAAUAAUGGAAUUGAACGGUGCUCUGGUUGCAUAAAAAACAUUAUCUUCGUCCUAUGUCGUAAGAGUUAUUAAUUACAUUGUGAUGUGAUCAUUUUUAUUAUUUUUUUGUUUCUUCUAGCAUCGACUUGUUAUGUGUAUCUCGCUUAAUGUGAAUGUAAUAUUUAAGUUCUAUUUACAUAUCGUCUGUAUGCUGUCCAAGUAUACAAAAUAUUUUUUUGAGCUUUAUGCCCCGCUUGCAAUAAACAAUAACAAAUUUUAA